AAUACCCUCCAGGGCCCAAUCCUCUUAGCUGUGUAACUCUUCGGACAACAAACUAGAGGGAAGAUGGCGAGCAGCAGCGGCUCGAAAGCGGAGUUCAUCGUAGGGGGCAAAUACAAGCUUGUACGAAAAAUAGGCUCUGGUUCUUUUGGGGAUAUUUACUUGGCCAUUAAUAUCACAAAUGGAGAGGAGGUGGCCGUGAAACUCGAGUCUCAAAAGGCUAGACAUCCGCAGUUGUUGUAUGAAAGCAAACUGUACAAAAUUCUUCAGGGUGGAGUUGGCAUUCCCCAUAUUCGGUGGUAUGGUCAGGAGAAAGACUAUAAUGUACUAGUUAUGGAUCUCCUUGGACCCAGCCUUGAAGACCUUUUUAACUUCUGUUCCCGCCGAUUCACAAUGAAAACGGUGCUCAUGUUAGCUGACCAAAUGAUCAGUAGAAUUGAAUAUGUACACACAAAAAAUUUUAUCCACAGAGACAUAAAACCAGAUAACUUCCUUAUGGGAAUUGGGCGCCAUUGCAAUAAGUUAUUUCUUAUAGACUUUGGUUUGGCCAAAAAAUACAGAGACAACAGAACACGACAGCACAUACCUUACAGAGAAGACAAAAACCUGACUGGCACAGCACGUUAUGCUAGCAUCAAUGCACAUUUAGGCAUUGAACAGAGCCGUCGUGAUGAUAUGGAAUCUCUAGGAUAUGUACUGAUGUACUUCAACAGAACCAGUUUGCCUUGGCAAGGCUUAAAGGCUGCUACAAAAAAACAAAAGUAUGAAAAGAUCAGUGAGAAGAAAAUGUCUACCCCUGUUGAAAUUUUGUGUAAGGGGUUCCCAGCUGAAUUUGCCAUGUACCUAAAUUAUUGUCGUGGACUGCGUUUUGAAGAAGCACCGGACUAUAUGUACUUGCGGCAGCUCUUCCGUAUUCUCUUCAGGACCCUUAAUCACCAGUAUGACUAUACUUUUGACUGGACAAUGUUGAAACAGAAGGCAGCACAGCAGGCCGCCUCUUCCAGUGGGCAGGGGCAGCCAGCCCAGACCCCUACAGGCAAGCAAACUGACAAAUCCAAGGGUAAUUUAAAAGGUUUUUAAGCAUGAAUGGAACAGACAAUGCAAAGCAAAAUGGCAGAGCAGGAUUUAUUCCCAUCCUAGCCUUAGAGAAUUUAGUCCACAGUGUGCACAUAUGCCUGUCAUCGUUUGGGCAAUCCUUAAUUUCCGUACAUUAAGAACUCUUUUGUACGUAUAAACUGGCUGUGUGCAUUGUCUGCACACCUGCUUUGGCCACUCUUGAACAGUCAUAAACAUUACAGGAGUAAAAAGGCUCUAUGUCCACCUUUAUUUUUCACAUUUCCUGUCAAGUGGAAAAGUAAAUGGUUGAUGGAGUGAAGAAAUUGUACGUAUAUAAAUUUGAUUUAUUUCAUCAACUUUAUUCCCUUUUCACCACAUUGCCCUGUUGGACUACUGUGUUUGGAGUAAAGUGUAUUUGCAGAGACAAAGGCUGCAUUUCUUCCCUGGAGAAGUUGGCUGUAAGUUGAAAAAUUCCUUUCAGGCACUUUGUUCGUCCUUGCUCCCUCGUUUUUGUACUGGUUGGAAAUUCUUCCUAAACAUUCUCAGAAGUUGGCUUUUUUGCAUUAAGAGCAAAGUGGAAUUCUGCCUAAUUGGAUUGUUAACAACCAAAGAUUCCCUCAAAGUUUCUUUUCCACGUGCAAGAGAAACUAUGCCUGUUUGAGUUCUAAGAAACAGCAGAAAAGAAGAGACAGUAGAGACUGCUAGGCAUCUUAAGAGUCUGAAGUGCUCUUGCUGUAAGAGAAUCCGGAAAAAAUACUUCAUAACCCCCAAACUUUGCAUCUAACAGCUGAAUCUCUGUGUAAAUUGCUUAGAUAACUGUUGUAAUCACUGUACAUCCUUUAUGUAAUCUAGAAUUAUUUUUUUCCUUUAACCAAGAGAUUUUUUGUUUACAAGUUCAUUAAAAAAAGUAAAACAACUGUACAGUCUGUGACAUAUUAAGGGUUUUUUUCCUUUUAAUGCCUUGUUUAUUUCACCAUAAGGACUUUUCACGAGGCAGUCAGUCACACUGCUUAUUUAGAAUUUUGUAUUCUAUCUCUAAUUUAAAAUGGUGGGUUUAUUUUAUUUUUUUUUAGUAUAGCUUGGGGGGAAAGAUAAUUCUUAACUGCAGCAGUUCUACUCUAGAUAGAUAACUGGCAGGUAGUAUUUUGUUUACCAUAAUUCACUUACUGUGUCGAUUUCAGGAGAGCUGGCAGCAUUUCCUCUAAACUAAGCAGCUGAAGUUUUAACAGUGCACAUUUAUAGUGCAGUGACUAAAAUUGUUCAGAAGUUUUCUUUCCAAAAUUUAAAUCCUAUAUAUUGUGACACCUUUUUUAAACGAGAAGUAAUAUGAAUUCAUAAUUGAAAACAAGCCAAUAGCUGUAUGUUGAGCAGUCGUACAAUAUUCUGACUUGUUGCACAUUGCAUCCAGAUUAAAAAUGUUGCUGAAGUCCUUUAAUGGCAUAAUUUAUUUAUUUUUAGCAUAUCAAUUAAAUUAAAUGUCCAAAGUGGCUGCCAGGUCUUGAUUUGUAACAGUUUUUUUUUCUCCAAACAAACUGAGUCUUGCAGCACAAAAUUGUGUACUUGACAAAACAUGUGAUUGGCCUUUGGUAAGAUACAGCUGUGAAAGCACAUUUUUAAAUAAAAAAGUAAACAUAAAUUUAUUACAGAUAUUUUAUCCCAUUUAGAACUGCUGUUGAGAUGAAGACGCAGUAUUUUUGAAUACUGGUAUUAUAUAAAUGUAGUUUAAAGCAUUGCAACACAAGGAAAUAAGUGGCAUAUAGACGUGGUCUAAGGGGGGGAUCAAAAUAAUGAAUGCAUACUCAAAUAAUUUUAGAAGUAUUCAACCACACAUUCUAAAAAAGGGAAAUAAAGCAGAGUUGCUGGCAGCAGAGUACAAUU